AUGGCCGACAUGACCCAGGCUCCUCUCAACGGCAAUUACGCUGCCCAGCAUGGCUUUCCCGAUUCUUUCAACACCCAGGCCCAUGUGGCCAUGAACACCGCUGCCAACUUCCAGCCCGUUCAGUCUUCCACUCCCACUACCGCCACUCCCACCGACAAGAACGAGAUCAGCAAGGAUGAGGUCGGCUGGUUCUUCGUUGAGCAGUUCUAUACGACUAUGAGCCGCAACCCUGACAAGCUCCACCUGUUCUACUCUAAGCGCUCCCAGCUCGUCUUCGGAACCGAGGCCGAGUCGGUGCCCGUCUUCAUCGGCAACAAGGCCAUCGGUGAUAAGAUCAAGCAGCUCGACUUCCAGGAGUGCAAGGUGCGCGUUCUGAACGUCGACUCCCAGGCCUCCUUCGACAACAUUCUCGUCUCGGUCAUUGGUGAGAUCUCCAACAAGUCCGAGCCUUCCCGCAAGUUCAUCCAGACCUUCGUUUUGGCCGAGCAGCCCAACGGUUACUACGUGCUGAAUGAUAUCUUCCGAUACCUCGCCGAUGAGCAGGAGGAGGUCGAGGAAGAGGAGGUUGCUGAGCCCGUCGCCGAGGCCCCCAAGGUUGCGGAGCCCGCCCCGGUCGCUGAGGCGCAGGUGACUGACGAGGUCGCUGCCUCCCACGUUGAUGAGAAGCUUGAGCAGGAGACCAAUGGCGAGGUCGAGCAACCCGAGGUUGCUCCCCAGACCAACGGCACUCCCGCCGAGGAAGUCGAGGCUCCGGUUCCUGUCGUGGAGGCUGAGAUCCUGAAGCAGGACAAGCCUGCUACCCCCGAGCCCACUCCCGUUCCCGAGCAGGAACUGAAGGAGGAGACCCCCGUUGAGGAAUCUGCUCCCGCUCCCUCCCUCCCCAAGACCUGGGCCAACAUCGCCUCUAAGCCCGGUGCUAAGCCCGUCGUCCCCGCCAUCCCGGCUGCCGCCCCCAAGGCUGCUGCUCCCGCUGCCCCAGCCGCUAGUGCUGCGCAGCCCGCUGCUACCGCUGCUCCUGCUGCCAAGGCCGCCCCCAAGCAGGCUUCUUCCAACGAGGCCGGCUGGCAGACCGCUGGUGCUGACCACAAGAAGACUCAGCCCCGUGCCGGCGAGGAGCAGACCGUUUUGGGAUAUAUCAAGAACGUCACCGAUAAGGUUGACACCGAGCUUCUCGAGACCGUCCUGAGCCGUUUCGGCAAGCUGAAGUACAUCGACGUCAACCGCAGCAAGAACUGCGCCUUCAUCGAGUACAUGGAGCCCGCUUCCUAUGUUGCCGCCGUCGCUGCCAACCCCCACAAGGUCGGCGGUGAGCAGAUUCUUGUCGAGGAGCGCCGUCCCCGCGGCAACGCCUUUGGCGGUAAUGGCUUCGCUCCUGGCCGCGGUGGUGCUGGCCGUGGCCGUGGUGACCGGGCAGGCAGCCAGGGCCGCGGUGGCUUCCAGCGCGACGGUCGUGGAGGCUUCGCUCCCCGUGGCCGUGGCGGCAAUGCUCCCACCAAGGGCCGCAGCCAGACACAGGCCGCACAGGCCGCUUAA